AUGAUGCCUCGGAGCAUCUUGAGAAAGGAGGAAACUCCCAAAAGCCCUCGGCCCGAUCGAAGGGUAACCUUCAGCGCUAAAAGCGAUCGAAGAUUUAGACUGGUAAAGCUUUUUGCGUUUAUAGGGUGAACCUGAUCCAGUGGCAAAAGACACACCAUUUUUCAUCCUGGAAGUAUCAAAGAGAAUGUGGCAAAAUACCUCCCUCUCCAAGUGAAAAAAAACUCCGAUUUCAAAAGCGCGCCCGCUCUUUUCGUGCCCUUCAAAACAAAGCUUUUUUCACUUGGAGAGGGGGGCAUUUUGCCACAUUUUUGAUACUUCCCGGAUGCAAAAUGGUACGUUUUUUGCCACUGGAUCAAGUGCCCACUGUAUGUUGUACAAGGGGGCUCAGGUAGACCAGAAUCUCUUAUUUUUUAAUCUGUAUUCUUUGCCAUAAUUUCACCUCAUUUGUCAGGGACUUUUUUUUGAAAUUUGGGGUUUCCCAUUAGCUUUGCCAGAUCGUCAAAUGAAAACUCUUUAAUUCCAAGAAUCCUGAAGGUAUUUUGUCAAAAAAUUGCAGGAUCGAAAAAUGAGAGCUAGAUUUUUUAAAUUGCUGACGAAAGAGAUUCCUCUAGUCCACCUUAUUCUAGAUGAUUUUUUGAUUCAAAAACGGACCACUUUUUUGAGUGAAAGCUCUAUUUUCAGCCCAUUCCAGCCGACGACUGUAUCGCGCCGGAUUUGGUCUUUUGCAAAGACUCCAUCACUCCGAUGUGCAGGAGAUUGGCUGUCAAGAAGGAGGAGGGAAGACGUCUGGGUAAUCUAUUGAAAAAAAGAAACGUCUGGACGAUUGGCGAUUUCGCCGGAUUGUCCCCAUCGGUCAUCAAACAAGUCCCAUUCAUCAAGGAGCCGAAGCUGGAGAAUGUGCACGACUUUUUGACGUCGUAUGAACCGGUGAGCAAUAUUUUUACCGUAGAGUACCAUUUGGAGAUUUUGGUACAGUGACGGACCGAUCCAGGGGCAAAAGAGUACCAUUUUGCAUCCGGGAAGUAUCAAAAAUGUGGCAAAAUGCCUCCCUCUCUAAAUGAAAAAACUCCGAUUUCAAAAACGUCCUUUUUGUGAUUCAAAGGGCGCCCUUCAAAACGAAGUUUUUUCACUUGGAGAGGGAAGCAUUUUGCCGCAUUUUUGAUGCUUCCUGGAUGCAAAAUGGUACGUUUUUUGCCACUGGAUCGGGUCCGUCACUGUAUACUUUCAGUCGACAAGCGGUCCUUCUGAAGAGAAGCCGCCUGUACAGAGCACCCCCAGCGCAGACGAAAUGUCUCCGGCGAAGAGUGUUAUUUGUUAUCCUUCUAUUCCCAAGUUGGAAAAAUCUCCACUUUUUCCCGAAUUUGAGAUUCCUAGAACGAAGAAGGCGGAAUUGUUCAACAUUUACCGGUGUAAAAUCAAAACGAAAUCUUAUAGUUAA